GACAGACAAGGAGCGAGUAGUCAAGAUCCCCUCGUUUGUCGCUUGCAGAAAGAUAGAGGGCUAUAGGCAGCCGGUCUACUUGAUAUGUUUCUGUGUAUUUAUUAUUAUUAUUCUGACGACUGAAUAUUUUUGCCCUCUCUAUUUCACAUAAUAAGGAGAGACAACCAGCAUUAGAAGGGGUCUUGUCAGACGUUCUAAGACUUCGCAGAAUUCAUUCGUGACGGACCACAUUGCUGCAUGCCUCCUGCUUAAUUAAGAUUCUGCAAUUGAUAAACCGGCGCCUAAACUUACCAGGCAGUACUAGGACACCGCGAUCGCGUUUUUGACUAAUCCACGGGGCAGUGGGUUCUCAGCGAGUUGACUCCAAGUUCUAUUACAAGGAGUUUACAAUGACAGCCACGAAGGAGCCGCAGCCGAAUCAGAGACAGAAGCAACCGCCGAAGGAUGACGAGGAGGACCUUGGUGCAGGAGCUCCACCUGAGAAGGAACUGGAAAGGGAUUGUUAUCGCUCUGCUGGUUAUAUUGGGGUCUGCUCUCUGAUCACAUUGUCUGUCAUCCUCCUCACUCCAGCGGACAGCCAAGCUGGCAGUGAUACCAAACUCACUGUGGAAGAUCUGUUCAAGCCUGAGUUUYUGGUCCAUGACCCAGAGGCGAAAUGGAUCAACGACUCAGAAGUCAUCUACAGGAAUCGCGAUGGCCACGUCAUCAAGUUCAACAUCCUCACCAAUGAGACGGAUGUCGUACUGACAAACACAACGUUCGUCAAUUUCAACGUUGCAAAGUACUCUGUUUCCCCGGACUUGAAAUAUGUGCUCUUUGCCUAUGAUGUUAAACAGGUUUACCGGCAUUCAUACAUGGCCUCAUAUAGCAUUUAUAACAUUCACACAAGGGAGGUAUGGGAGUUGGACCCUCCGGAGGUGCUUAACUCUGUUCUGCAGUACGCUGAAUGGGGAGUGCAGGGCCAGCAACUGAUCUACAUAUUUGAGAACAAUAUUUACUACCAAUCAGAUGUGAAGAGCAACUCCCUCAGACUGACAUCUUCUGGAAAGGAAGGGGUCAUCUUCAAUGGGAUCGCUGACUGGCUGUACGAAGCACAGCCCUGGGCCCAGUGUGAGGCAAUCCGGCCUGUGUUCUUGGCCAAGGUUAAACUAGAAGCGGCAGAAUCCAUACGAGGGUGA